AUGGCUUUCGAAAAACGUGCGUCGGCAGUCACAGUGCUACCUACCCCCCUGGAUGUACCUGUGAGCGGAGACUUUGAUGGUGAUGACGGCAAAUGGUCCAGUUUUCACAUCAAUAUCGGCAACGAUGGCACAGGCACGGGUCAGAAUUUCAAAGUCCUGAUAUCUACAUCCUCAUCAGUAACACUUGUGCCACAACAAGCGUCUUGGUGUGACACCGAAUGCGCGCUGCAGCGUGGCGUACAGCUCUUCAGAGGUUCUUCAUCUCGAGGACUAGAGAUCACCAGCUCCAAAACAUGGAAUGAACUAGGAAGUUACGAAAUUCCUCUACCCGACUGGUUUACAGCGAAUUUGACUCUAGAUCCCUCGGGCCUGCUCCCAGGAGCAACCUUUGGGGAGGACUAUGUUGCAACUGGUCAAAGUGUGGCGAGUACUCGGAAGUCCCCAAAGCAGUUUGUAGGCGCAUAUCCCGACAAAGACUUCUAUAUGGGCUGGCUUGGACUUGCAGUGGGCGAAAAUGGUCUUACAAAUGGAAGUCUCCUUAAUUUCCUGGAUAACCUCGUCGCCACAGACGAUCCAGUAAUACCUAGUCGCUCAUUUGGGUACUCUGUGGGAGCGCAUUAUCGGAAUAAUCAAAGAGGUGUUCCUGGAUCACUUGUACUUGGCGGCUUCGACAGUUCCCGAUUCACAGGAGAUGGCGUCUCGAUCAACAUGCCAAGCGCACAGGAUAACAGCCUAGUAGUUGGUGUUCAAUCCAUCUUAUAUAAAACGGAUCCAGCCGUAUCGACGAUUACGCGGUCUUUCACAAGCAAUGAGGAGCGACCCGAGGGGGGCUUCAUGGCAGUCAUCGACUCAACCAUACCAUAUCUCAUAUUACCCAACGAUAUCUGUGGCUUCUUCGCAAAGGAAUUCCAGCUGACUUACGACGAAGUCUCCAGAUACUAUCUGGUCAAUGACUCUGCGCAUACAAGCAAUAUUCAACGGAACCCAACGGUAUCUUUCAAGAUUGGAGUUGGGGACCAAGACAGCGCUCAGGACUAUACAAACAUUGCCCUUCCGUACGCAGCGUUUGACUCGCAACUCAGUUCGCCCAAGGUCAACCAAACAACACGGUAUUUUCCCAUCAGACAUUCGGAUGGUGGCAAAUCUGUCUUGGGCCGAACUUUCUUGCAGGAAGCUUAUUUGAUUGUUGAUUAUGAGCACGUCAAUUUUACAAUUGCCCGGGCGGCACUUGAUGAUGUCCCCACUUCGAAGCUCGUUCCCAUAUUUCCUCAAGAUUAUGUCCCUCCAUCCCUGAACAAUGGAAGUGGUGGAAGUCAGGGACUUGCCGCUGGCGGAAUUGCCGGUAUAGUCGUGGGUAUAGUGCUAGCCUUCAUCAUUGCUGGCAUUGCAGGGUUAGUGUUUUUCAAAAAACGACGUCGUGCCAACAAAAAGGAUUCAUAUCACGAGAGUUCUGAAGUCGACGCCACGUAUGCUGGCAACGAAGUCAAAUAUCGACGUGUCUCUGAGCUCACUGGAUCUGAGCUUCAGUCACCAAAAGGCUCGGCAGCAGGCUACUAUAGUUCUGAUCCCAAGGCAAUCCCUCCUAUCAGCGAGAUGUCUCCCGAAAGUACACCUGCCGAAUUGUACAGCCCGCCUGCGGACGGUAGGGAUACUUUUGAUUACCUUGUUGCAGGCAGAGUUCGACGGCGCGGCGCGACGAGAGACCGAGACUCAUCUGGCAACAAUACGCCACGUACGCCCAUUGCCGAACUAUCAGGGGAAGGUGCUUUAAGUCUAGCAUUCAACGAAAAGGAUCGAGGGCCCAGCGACAUCUCUCUCCAAACAAACAUUGACGAGGUAAUUGCGAACGAGCGAUCUUCAGACACAAAAGCUAGCGCGGAAGUCGCGAGCUCAAGUGUCAAGCCUGGUGAGCCAGCAACAGCGACUGGGAUCGCUCAGGCCAAAGUUGAUGCCAGUACGGACGCCAAUUCGACCGAAGAUGAACAAGGACAACAGUCUACGACCGAGCGGAGACCUUCUCACACCAGAGACUUGAGCGAUAUCACCAUACAGAGCGAUAGCACUGCCGUGUCACAGCCCACACCCGGGGAGCUCGAGCACUGGGCGCGAAGUGGAAACCAAGGACCAAGGCGACCGAUGUCACCUUGA